AUGCCUACACCAGUUAAAAAUAUUUCUGAAUACAAAUUACAACGUCUCCUUGAACAUAAUCAACGCCUUCGUGAGCAACUGGAUUUGCCAAGGGUGAAGGUUUCGCAGGCUAGCUCAAUGCUUAUUAAAUAUGUAACAACGACGAAAGAUUAUCUUGUACCCUCUGUAUGGGGAUUGCCUGGCCCAGCAGAUCCAUUUGUCACGAAAAGCAGUGAUGAUCAUCCCAUUAGAUGCCGACCAAUAGCGAAACUGACAUAUUCGCUACUUGAUCCUCAUCCUACUCUUUUUCAAUUACUGGGUGGUCAUUCGCUAUUUAUUCUUCCUAGAAAUAACUAUUAUUAA